GUAUCGGAUAAUUAUACAUUGAAAAUAUUCUCAGCUUCCGUUUUUUUCUUUGUUUCUAUAUUACUCGAGGCUGCGAGAGGCAGCGUGUAUCUAACUACGUUCUUGCUCACCUAACCUCCCUCAUAACUCCUUUCCUCUCUAAUUUCUUCGCCUUGUCGGUCCCUCUCUCUCUCUCUCUCUCUCUAAAACCUUCAAAGUUCCAACCUUUUCAAUCCCUAAAAGAUUUCUCGUUUUCUUACAUUUUUCUUACUCAAACACAAUUUUGUGGGGUCCAGCGCCAGCCACCAUUUUCAUCGACCCUGACAAUGUGCUUACUGGGUUUCAUCCAACAAACCCCCCACCAACUUCCUCCUCUCUCAUGAGCCCAGGUUCUUCUCAAAGAUUCGGUCUUUUCGCAAAUUUGCAUUUCUGGGUUCAGUGGAAAUUUCAGCUGAUUGAUUGAUUGAUGGCUGCCAAGGCUGCAUCCAUCUGGGUUUAUGCUAAAACCCCUUAUUCUCAUCAGGGUGUCUCAGAUUUGGGCACGAACCGCCCCGGGUUGGCUUUGAAUUCGAAUUCCCGCAAAUGGGAAUGUUCUUGUUUGGCCUUUGCUUCCGCCCAGAGAGCUAUCACUCCGGUGGAAGAUGAAAAACUGAGCCUCGGUGGCGCUGCUGAGUCUUCCGGUGCAAUGGAACGGAUAGAGGACAAUGAGACCAGGGGGUUCCACAAGGAUUUGAACCUUCUUCCUAAACCAUUGACAGCAAAUGACCUUUCUUCUCCUGGUAAUGGUUCACAAGUGAGAGUUGCUUAUCAGGGGUUACCAGGGGCAUAUAGUGAGGCUGCUGCAUUAAAAGCUUAUCCGAAGUGUGAGACCGUCCCAUGUGACCAGUUUGAAGCUGCAUUCAAGGCAGUUGAACUUUGGUUAGUGGAUAAAGCAGUUCUUCCAAUUGAGAAUUCUGUUGGCGGAAGCAUCCACCGUAAUUAUGACUUACUACUUCGCCAUAGACUGCACAUAGUUGGAGAGGUACAAUUGCAAGUGAACCAUUGUCUCUUGGGGUUGCCUGGUGUAAGAAAAGAGGAAGUAAAACGUGUUUUAAGCCAUCCUCAGGCCCUUGCUCAAUGUGAGAUGACACUAAGCAGUUUGGGUAUCGUCAGAAUCAAUGCCGAUGACACUGCUCUGGCUGCACAGAUGGUGGCCUCAACUGGCCUACGGAAUACUGGUGCUGUUGCAAGUGCUCGAGCUGCAAAAAUUUAUGGGCUUGAAAUUCUUGCAGAAAAAAUUCAAGAUGAUGACGAUAAUAUCACUCGCUUUUUGAUACUUGCAAGAGAACCGAUAAUUCCAGGGACUGACCGGUCAUAUAAGACAAGCGUUGUUUUCACUCUUGAAGAAGGUCCUGGUGUACUAUUUAAAGCCUUGGCAGUAUUUGCUCUUAGGGGCAUUAACUUGACAAAGAUAGAGAGUCGCCCACAGAAGCAACGUCCACUAAGGGUUGUGGAUGAUUCAAAUGAAGGGAGUGCCAAGUAUUUCGACUACCUCUUUUACAUUGACUUUGAAGCUUCUAUGGCAGAGCCCCGUGCCCAAUAUGCUUUGGGACAUCUGCAGGAAUUUGCAAGAUUUCUUCGUGUCCUUGGUAGCUACCCAAUGGACACGAUUCCAUAGAAGGCAGUUGUUUCUUGGGCUCAAUUUCGUAAUGUUAUUGGUUUCCAGACAUGCAAACACAGUUCAACCGUCAAUGUUGUAUAUAUCUGGGCGCUGAAGCUGCAUACAAAGAUCAAGCUUCAAAUGAGGAGAAUUCCUCGCAAAACUUCAUUUUUCUUUCCUUUUCGACUCUAUAUCAUUCUUUAUUUCCUCCGAACGGGGGUUUUUACUGUUUCAGAACUGUGGUGAUAUCUUGAUACAACACCAAUCUGUAAACAAUACCGCAGGAUUCAUGAAAGACAGUUUGUGAUGCUUUC